AUGUUUCCCAGCCAAUCCGCUCGAACUGCGGUCCCGUCGCGGAAUGCACUACGUGUUCUCCGGCAACUAGCAUUGGCUGGGUCAACCAUUGGUGCCAUUGGGGGUCUCUGUACUAUUGGAACUAUCGCCUAUGACAUCCACCGCAGAGUCCAGGUUGUUGAACGCAUCGUUGAAACCAAGCGAAGUCUCCAAACAUCAUGCCCAAAUUACACUGCGGGGGCAGGGGCUGCGACGGUGGCUCACAUGAUGGAGGCUGCGGAAGCAGGAGAGUUCCUUGGGCUAGCUUCUUUUAAGAAACGUAGCGAGCGGCACAAACAACAAACAGCCGGCCACGAGGAUGUGAAGAUUGAUCGCGCAAAUAUGUAUGCUAUGGAGCCCCAGGUAGCGAGAGGGAGGGAAGGUGAAUUUGGCAUUCCCAACGGAUCUCCCGAUGCUCCCGGUCAACCUUUACGUAAUACAUUGACUCCAUCACUUCAGCUGUUGGAAACCGGGGCACCUCAGGCCAAUACUCAAGAACCUCCUCAACCAUUAUUCCUUUUGAACAAAUACAAAUCAAAACUGAGGGGUGAUAAGGAAUUCUGUUCAGAACCAGCCUACACCGUAAGUGUCUCUCCAGCUUUUCGAGAGAAGUAUCAAAACCUCCCAGCAAGUGACCCUGCACUCUCCGUUCAAAGGCUUCUGGAUCACCACAUGCUGGACGAAGCUACAUUGAGGUUCCUACGUGACGUGAAUAGAGGUGUCAAAGCAGAUGAGGAAGCCAGGAAUGACAUCGCUAUUCAUCUUCUGUACAUAAGUUUGCAUCGGAACAGGCUCAACCUUGCACAAAAGCUCUUCUACUGGUUUGAGGCAAACCACAAGGUAACUCCGGCACUGUGGGAGAUAAUGAUGCUAGCUUUAUGGAAAAAUGGACGUUUCGAAACUUUAUCCACACUGUACUUGAAAUACGCAAAAGAGUUCGAACUUAAUCCGGUUCUACUGAGGGUGGUACUCAAGUCUCUUAUAAGUUCCUACCGACUGUCUGAGGCCAAGGGCGUGUUAUUCAAGUACUUGGGAAAUGAUGUGGACUGUGGUGUCUGCGGCAUAUAUCUGGGCGGACUCUGGAGCAGGACUCGAAGUAUCGUCCUCCUGGAAUCGCAAUUCCGGAAGUUGCUGGACACCUUGACCGCUUGUAAAAUUCCUCCAACCGAAAAGCUCUUUGAUCCUUUGCUAGUGGCGUACGUCGAAUUCGGAAUGGAUGGCAAGGCUGAUUUGCUUGUCAAGACUAUGAGAGACAUCUAUAAUAUCCCCUUCAAGACACGGACGUUGGGGCUUGUUGCUUACGGGAAAGCUGUGAAAUGUGACUGGGAUGGAGUAAAAGACACUUUGGCGCAUAUGUAUGAGCUUGAACUUUCCACCAAGGAUCAAUUCAGAUUCACGCAGAUUUUUCAUCGUGUUUUCCUUGAAUUCUGGAUCGCAAAUCCCGGUCAUAUGAUUCGCAACUUCGUUUUCGAUGCAAUUGAUAAUGGGUUAGUGCUUGAUAAGCUACUCUUCGAUCAAACACUGAAAGCAUUUAUUCAGAAGGGAACUGUGGAAAUGGUAGAAGAGCUUUUGCAGAUCGUGAAGGAAAAAGGCUGGAAACUCCAGCUCGAGCGACCAUAUUUCAUGGAACUCCUUCAGGAAGCUCGGAUGUCUGCCAGAUACAGCCCGACCGGGUUAUGGCGAAUGUUCCGUGCUUCCGAGCAGAAGUUCCGUUACGUUGCCGCUUCACGCCAAGUGCUGGGAUAUGAUACAAUUUCUUUUCCCAUCAAUGAUGUGGAGAAUAAACCAAUUUCUCAAGAAACCGAAGCUAUGUGGCGACGAGCGAUGUCCCUGCCAGAGACUUCAAGGCAUAUCAGGCAGUUUAUGCCACUUCAUAGUCAGAUGAUGUAUUUCAUAAAUGCGGGAAAACCUGAGUUGUCCUUAACAUCCUUUCGAGACGCCAGCAUGUCUGGGAUGGUCAUGAAACAUUUUCACUUAGAUUUGGCAGUCACUGCUAGCAUUUUGCUCCAUGGCGAUACUCGGGAUGCGAAGGCUAUACUGGAGAAAUUCGAUGCUCUCAAGGCACCGGGAAAACCAGUUCCGUCACAAUUCUUCCAAGCAAUAAUGCAAACGAGUGAAAUGGAUGAGAUUGAAGCGGUGAAGAUGGCGGUUUUCAAUUUUUACAACAUCCGACAACAGAAGUUAAUGCCUGUUAAGCAUCAUGCUGCGUCCACUGUCGCUGCCCGACUCCUCGAUAUCGGCAACAAUGCCGCAGUACUAGAUAUGUUCCGGACAAUCAACAAAUCCAAAUAUGCGGCCUUUGCCCCCUUCGACCCCGCUGCGAUAAAAUUCAUUACGCGUUCAUUUGCGCGGAUGGGCAAUUUCAAGGGCGUCCGGUGGGCGAUAUUUACGGGACUCAAACGCGCAUCAGCAGUUAAUCGCGACCUCUGCGACGAGAUUAGCUUGAUCGUUUCUAGAUCCAGAAGCUGCCUCCAUAUUCCACUUCCACCAAAUCACACACGAGAGAGUUUCGAGAAGGAGAUAGACCAUAUUGCAAAGUUGUCACGUCUCCUACGACAAAAGGUCAAAGCCAGAAAGUUCGGACCGGCCCGCUUCAUUCCAUUUACUGAAGCUAUUGAAAUGUUGAAGAGCAAGAGCUGGAUGGCUGAUGCUAGCAACAAUUCCUUGAAGAAGGGGCCGCAGCUGAAUGGGCAUAAAUUUGAGGAUUUUCAGCACACUGAUUACAUCGUCAAGCACUGGAAGGAGAGGGCCGAGUUGGAGAAAUGUUUUUUGCCUGAUGAUACGGAGGAUCAGGAUUGGAGUGAAAGUAGUGUGUGGGCAGAGGGAUUGGAGGACUCCGUGGAGGAGAUACCACUGGAGGAACCCGUUCAGAUAUGA